AUGACCGACUGGCACAAACACCUUUUUCCUGUAUAUGAGUUAAAGCCAAUUGUGAAGCCCGAAUGUAAAGCCAGCAUGGAAGGAAGUGCCAGCAUGGAAGGAAGUGCCAGCAUGGAAGGAAAACCUGAAAAUGUUAUAUCGCCAAAUAUCCGAGCUGGAGAGAGCUAUAUUGGAUCUUCACAACGAAAUAAGUUGGAAAGCUUCGAAUCCUUGGUGGAAAAAGCAUACCACUUUGAAGUGAAUGAAAGACUCGACGGAGUUUUCACCUGCGCAGAAGCUUUCAAGUUCUAUCGAGGCGACCGUACAAGAGAAGCGAGAACUGUUGCAAUAAUCGAGACUUUGAAAUGUGACGCAGAGCCCAAAAUAAGGAUAGAGUUGUGUUCCCAGUUGAAAACAGUUGCCCAAUACUGUAGCCGAUUAUCUCAGAGGGAUUAUUUCUACAAGACAAUUCUAGAAAAUGUAAUAUACCGAUGCUUGACUGAUCUUAUCAAAGAUGGCUCUCACGAUGUAAGGAGAAUGGCGAAGGCUAUCUCACUGGAAAUUUGCAGAAGAGAUCGAAUCAACGGACAUACUCUGAAACAGAUGUUGUUUCAGCAGGCAGCCAACAUGGUUGAAAACCGCGCAUCUCCUAUCUUCAAAUUUGAAGGACUUGACUUGUGGUUUGACCUUCAACCCGACAGAAAACAAGCUUUGGAUUUCAUCGAAUCGUACAAGAGGCACUUGAGCGAACAAACUAAUCAAAAUGAGCCAUCGCGUGCCUACUAUGCGUCCAAACUGAAAGAUUUCUGUCUGAUGAUGACGUACGAGCAGUUCAAGAAGGACUUCCUGGAUCUGCUCAUUACCUUAUCAGAGGACAAAGAGCCCUCAAUUCGAAUGCAAAUGGCGCCAGUUCUGGUUGAAAUAGCCAAGUCCGCUCCAGAAGACGACCAGGAAGGAGUUUUGUUGCCACUUUUUGAAGAGCUUUUGGCCGACUCAUCUCGAGUAGUGCGCAACUCAGCUUACGAACUAAUAGGUCUUAUGAUCUUUGCAACCAAAAAGGGGUUUUGUGGCCGUCGACCGAGAUCCAGCUCUUUGAAUCAUCGCUCUAGGGUUACCCAAUGGGACCAAAAUGACAAUUUGAUUCAAAAAGGACCCGAAGAAGAUCAGUUGAGUGAUUCCAGCUCAACAAAAAGAAGUGAACGUGAUCAAAAAAUCAAGCUUGGAGAUUCCUCCACAGUCGAGUUCCAUACAAAAAGAUCGGCAGUGACUAUAGCAGAUGUGAGAGUUAUGAUAGCAGGGAACAAAUCAAUCAGUCCGAAAGAGCCACUUCGAGUGGUGCAGAAGAUGAGACAGUGGAAGGGAGGAGCGAGAGUGUCUCGAGCCCCUCUGGUGGCAGACGAGGACGAGGAGGAUCUGAGCGACGAGGAAGAAGAUGACGGAUCAGAGGACGAAGAUGGGGAGGGGGACACUGAAGAUGCUGGACAGGAAGUGGAAAUUGGAAAGGGCAAAGGAGAAGGAAAGGGGAAGGAUGACGUGAACAGUGACCAGAAAAUUGAGGUCGAAGGGGUCUCAGAUGCAGGGGAAGAGAAAUUUGAAGACAGUGAGAACAAGGACCAGUUUGAAGAGUCUAUUUACAAGAAGGUUUCUUUUGAAAACAAUCAACCAGAUAAAAGCGAAGAGCAAGAGGCAGAUAAAGAGAAUAGAAUGGAGACAGAAGAUGAUAAGGACCAAGGAUUUCACGAAGCUGACCUCACUCCUGAUAACUUGGUGAAACCAUUCGAUGAAAUCAGCACUAAGAAAGCAGAUGACUCAUUGCACUCUGCCAAAAGUGGUCAGUCAGGUAGCAGAAGUGAAGCCAAGGAUGCCAACAUAUCAAAUCCCGCGGACAAAGCCUCAACGUCUUUCGACAUAAGCAUGUCUGUUGUCGGUAGCCAUAGACCAUCGUUGAUUAAGACGUUCAGCUCCACUAUAAAUUCGAGUAACAAGAGUUCUUCUUCUUGUGCAAUGGCUUGGGACUUUGAUGAGGUCGUAGAUAAUCAGACAGUGAUUAGUCGGACUCUGUUCCGCCACUUCUUGGAGAUGAUCUACAUUGAGGAGAAUGGGAUGAUGGAGAACUGUGCGAGGAACUUCCCAGCUGUGACUGCCGCUUUGGGCAAGGAGUACUGGCAUCUGCUCAAACCACUAUUCACCAAACUAGAGAAUGACAUAGACUGGAAAGUUCGGCAGAAAAUAGCGGCUUCUUUGCACGAAAUAGCAAAAAUACUGGGACCUGUACAGGCUGAAGACGAAUUGCUUUCGACAUUCGAGUCCUGUUUCAACGAUGUCGACGAAGUGCGAUUGGUGAUGGUGAAAAAUCUUGCAAACUUCCUUUUUUGCCUGGGAGCAGAAGAAUCUACUCGCCAGUUGCGAAACUUAGCCGAGUUCGCCGAAUGCGAAAACGAGAAUUGCUGGAGAUAUAGGCUGUACAUGACACAGCAAUUAGCUAAAAUGAUUGAAUAUUUGUCUUCCAAAGAUAUCGACAAAUAUAUUUGGCCAAUGGCAAAGUAUUACGCAAUUGAUCGCAUAUCAGAAGUCAGAAAAGGCGCAUUUUUUCUGAUGGCCAAAAUUCUAAAGGUCGGAUUGCAAAGAAAAGAUCAUGACAUGAUUUCACACGUGAAAGAGUUCAUAUUUAAACACUUUUACUCUGUUGAGUCAUGCAAAGGAAAAGUAGCGUUCAUUCAAAUGUGUGCUAUAAUGGUUAAAAUAAUUGACUAUGUGUGGUUCUCGACUAACUUCGGCGAUGCGCUCUUGGCGCUACAAACGCGACAUGUCAAAGAUAUUCAAAUUGCUCUGGAUGAGUGUCUAAAUGUGGUAGAGACGAUUCAUCAAAGAGAAGCUGUGAAAAGGCAGUCUCUUGCAAAUAUCAAGAAAGUAACCGUUCAGACCUAAUUCUGGAACCGGGUGCAAAAACUGAACUUGUUAUCUGAAAUCUUGUUCAUCUGAAUUUAGUUCUGUAGCUGCAAAGUGCGAAUUAAUUGAGUUGCUAUUCAAUUUGGAAGGCCGGUCAAUUUACGAGGUUCAGAAUUUUUUCAAUGGCUUAAAAAAUUGACCUAAACGUUGUUGAAUUGAAAAUGAAGUGAGAUGGCAAAUCAUAUGCGCUUUAUUAACUUUACUUUAAUUUUAGCAAUGCAACAAAUAUGAAACAUUUAUUU